UUUGAGGCUAGAGGGUCACGCACACACAAAAAGGGGUUUGGUUGAUUAAAUAAUUGAUACACCUUCCCUCUGAUUUUGUUUGUUUAUUGAUGGGAUUCCAUCUUUCCUUGAUUCAAGAAUCAUGAUGAUCCAACAAGAAGAAAGAUAGAGAAAAAAACACAAACACACACAAACAGCUGGAUGGCUGGUACAAGUGAUGAGGAGAAGUUCGCGAAAAACAUCCUAGUGAGCCACCUCCAAACCAUGGAGGCGACGGCGGAUAUGUACAGCCUGGCCGGCCCCUCAGCAAAUGAAACCCUGAUGAUAUCGCCGGACGAUCCAUGCGUUUUCUCGUGUGAAGGAAACGAGAGGCCCAGCCAAGGCCUCUCUCUCUCCUUGAGCUCCUCCAACCCUUCUAGCAUCGGCCUGCAGGCGUUUGAGCUCAGAUUCGGGCCGUCGAAUUUCUCACAUGUCAACAACUCCAAGUAUCUAAGCCCAGCGCAGGAGCUUCUCUUUGAAUUCUGCAAUCUCGGUAUCAAUCAAAACCAGAUGAAGCCGCGGAAGAGCGACGAUGAAAAGAAGCAGCCACCGCCCUUCUUCUCCCUCGACCUCCUCGAGUUGCACACAAGAAAAACCAAACUCCUCCAAAUGUUGGACGAGGUGGACAGAAGGUACAAACACUACUGCGAUAAGAUGAAGUGCGUGACAUCGUCGUUCGAGGCGGCAGCUGGGGGCGGAGCCGCCGCGCCAUAUUCAAAUCUGGCGUCGAAGGCGAUGUCGCGCCAUUUCCGAAGCCUGAGAGAUGGGAUCGUGAAGGAGAUAAAGGCGACGAAGAAAGGCAUGGGGGAGAAGGAUGCUGCGGAGGGGGAGACGCCGCGCCUUCGGGUUCUCGAUCAGAUGCUGAGGCAGCAGAUGAGCAUGACCGAGAACCACCCCUGGCGGCCCCAGCGCGGCCUCCCCGAGAGAUCCGUCUCCGUCCUCCGAGCCUGGCUCUUCCAACACUUCCUCCACCCGUAUCCUAGUGAUGUAGAUAAACACAUUCUAGCCCGCCAAACUGGCCUCUCGAGAAGCCAGGUUUCUAAUUGGUUCAUCAAUGCCAGAGUGAGGCUUUGGAAACCCAUGGUGGAGGAAAUGUACUUGGAAGAACUCAAAGAGAAAGAUCAGAAGCCGAGCCACGAUCAUCUUGUGCGGAUAGAUUCGGAGUGUCUCUCUUCUAUCAUCAACAACAACGACGACAAAGAAAAGAGCAAAACCCUCCAAAAUGAGCAGCACCAUUUCGGUGCGAUGGAGCUCAAUUUCUCAUCGUACUCAGGCGGUGGCGGUGGUGAUGGUGUUUCGCUUACGCUAGGGCUGCAGCAGCGCGGCGGAGUCAGCCUAGCGUUUUACCCUAGGGAUCAAAUGGAGGAGUGCCAAACGACACCGUUUUCGCUGUUGGAUGGUGAGAAUCAGUACCGGAAUUUGAUGGGAGCGCAGGCGCAGCUGCUUCAUGAUUUAGCUGCUUGAAAAAUACUCCUACUAAAGGAAAAUUGGGAAAUUUGAUUGUCGGUGGAUGGAGGGGAGGUUUUUGACAUGUGGAUGUGGUAUACAUAAAAAAAUACUGGGAUAGGAAAGAUUUAUAUGCAAUUUGGUGUUAGGUAUACAAUUCGGAUAUUUGCUUAUACAUAUAUAUGUAUAGCUAGCUACAUAAGCUAGUGUGAUUUGCACUUCUUCUCUUCCCCAACUGCAACAAUUUAUACUUUCCAUCACAACCUAAUUUUGUCUCAUAAUGAAAUGGUUUAUUUGAUUUGGUA